AUGCUGAAGACGUCGCCAGCUCUGUCCGCUUCCGCCAAUGCCUCACCUACCGCUUUUCGAUAUGCGACCUCGUCUCCUCAACACUCCUCCAAGCCUUCGCCAGCUCUCCGGCGACGGCCUUCUACCCGCUCCAACGCUUCGUCUGCCACCGACGCCAUGAAGUCCUCUCCGAUACAACGCCCGAGACAAUACGUCGCAAAUGAUCCAGGCAUACAUGGAUCUCCCAACGAAGCCCAACGACCACCGUCCUCGCUCUCCCAAAAGGCCUCUGCACAACCUUCGCAAUCGCCCCAUCCUGCUCCCCCCUCACGAUCCUCCCAGGACCAACCUGUGCAACCAGGUCAAUCUCUAAGCGGGGUUUCACCAACAAAACGUCGAAGCUCGCCCGCUCCGAUUGAUCCCCAAGCCACUGUCGCAGCAAACUCAUCACCACAAACGAGCAAACGUCCAAAACCAGAUACGCCGCCGUCAAAAGUACUACCGGACCGCUAUGAAUUCUGUGCCAUCGAGGACAUGGUGGAACUGGUUGCGCAUAUGCUGUCAGAGCUGAUCACUACAAAUGACGCCAUUCGAAUAUCAAAUGGCGGCUUGACACGCUUUCACUCAAGAACUCCGCCUGGAAUAUCAGUUCGAGAUUAUCUACACCGUUUAGCUCGCCAUGCAACCUUGACACCACCGCUUCUCUUAGCGAUGGUCUACUACAUCGAUCGGCUUUGCGCUAUGUAUCAGGAAUUUACUAUUAAUACGUUGACUGUGCAUCGGUUUCUCAUAACGGCAGCUACAGUUGCAGCCAAAGGGUUAUCAGACUCUUUUUGGAAUAACACCACUUAUGCCCGGGUUGGUGGAGUUCGAGUUGCCGAACUCAAAUUACUGGAAUUGGAAUUCCUCUACCGCGUGGAUUGGAAAAUUGUUCCAAAUCCCGAAGUUCUCGUUGCAUAUUACAAGGGUCUUGUGGAGCGAACACCCGGAUACGUCCUAGAGUCGGAUGGCUCCGAUGAAGAGGACGAAGAAGAUGAUGACGAAGAUAUCGAGGACUGUGACAACGCUGCCUCGGAAAACUAG